AACCCCUAAAGUCAUCAGCUGCGUUUGCUGAGCUCGUGCUGAGUUUAGAACUUCACUGACUACAACAAUGAGUGAGAGCAGCGAGCAUGUCCGGCUGAUGUGAAGGAAACUUCAGUGAAACUUCAUUCACUACAUGAGCUCAUUGGGGUUUCUCCACAGCGCUGUGUUAAAUGGAGCUGGAGGACCAAUGGUGGACAGGACAACUCGCUGCAGAUAUUUACCAGGCGCUGCGAUACAAAGAGCUCAAGCUGCCCUCCUACAAAGGCCAGUCCCCUCAGCUCAGCCUGAGACGAUAUUUCGCAGACCUCAUAGCCAUCGUCAGUAACCGCUUCAGACUGUGUCCUGCAGCCCGACACCUGGCCGUCUAUCUGCUGGACCUCUUCAUGGACCGCUAUGACGUCACGGUGCAGCAGCUCCACAUGGUCUCACUCUCAUGUCUCCUUCUGGCCAGUAAAUUUGAAGAAAGGGAGGAUCGGGUGCCUAAACUGGAGACCUUGAACAGCCUUGGAUGCAUGAGCUCCAUGAACCUGGUCCUGACCAAACAGGGUUUACUUCACAUGGAGCUGCUCCUGCUGGAGACCUUCCAGUGGAACUUGUACCUCCCUACAGCCGCUCACUUCAUAGAGUACUAUAUGUCUAUCGCUGUCCAUGAAGGAGACCUGCAUGACGGCUGGCCUAUGUCCUGUAUAGAGAAGACGAAGCUUUACAUGGCUAAAUAUGUUGACUACUUUCUGGAGGUUUCUUUGCAAGAUCAUAUGUUUUUGCGUUUCGCCCCCUCUUUGGUGGCUGCUGCUUGUGUGGCAACCUCCCGCCGCAUCCUCUACCUGACCCCCACAUGGCCUCCUCGACUGCAGCGUCUGACAGGCUACACAUGGGAAAACCUGGGCCCGUGUGUCGAAAAGCUGCUCAUUGCUCAUGACAGUGACGUCAAAGAGGCCAACAAGCAGAAGUGCAUGCAGCCCGCCCAGCAGCAGCAGGGACAGACGGCGUUCCACAGUUCAGUUCAAACGGCCACUGUAGCCCCGUACCUGCAGCGACCCACCAUGCAGUAUCCCCAGCAGGCCCCUCAGCCCAGCCUGGCUCCCAACCACAGGCCAACCACCUACCUCAGCCACUCCACCAGUGGCCUGCAGGCCCCUAAUGGCCCCCAUCUUGGCACCGCCCAACCUAUCACUACCUCACUGGAUCCAAAAUCCAAUGUUCCCGGCAGGGCGUACCAAGUGAGCAUGCACUACACCUGUGCUGCUCCCUGCUUUGACAGAUGAUGUUCAGGGAGUAGUCGUUUUUGUGGGGUUAAAAGAUUACAUUUCUCUUGAAAGUAGAAGCAUAUAAAUGGAAAAGGUGUGUUUUUAAUUUGAAAGAAAAGACUUCAUGAGAUUAGUAGAGCACUUUGAGCCUACUCCAUGUGCAAUAUGCACGCUGUGCUGUGGAGAGGCUGCAUCAGGAGUUUAGUUUAGUUUGAGAUAUCAGGGAUGAAUGUCAUUGUGAGGUGACUAGAGGCAGAGUUUGCACCUCUGUACCGUCUAGUGUUACAGUAUAAUUUAACUACAGACCAAAAGUCAUGUAUUUAUUUGAGCCCACACACCUCAGAUAUGUUGAAUGUUUAAAUACGUCGUGCCUGUAGCCUUGAUGAAGAUUGUCACUCUGAGUGAAGGUGGUGACGGAUGGAAACUUGCAUCUGUGGUUGAGAUAAGAGAGCACAGUUAGCAGGUGUUCUGUACCUCCAACUUUUGGUUUUGUUUCUUUUUGUUUGUUUGAUGUUUGAGUGCCAUUUGUGACAGAAGAAAAGAAUUUUCCUCAACUGUGUGUCCGUCAGUUAAUUUUCAGAGAAAUUGUUGUUCUUCUGUACACAGAGGAUUUCAGUCAGUGCUGUGCACUUCUAUGACGAUACUUUUAAAUAAAAUACAAUUCUGUGUUAGUUGAA